AGCUCCUCACUUUCACAGUGUUUUUUGUGUUAUUUGCACAGAAUUACAUUUAAAGUUUCAAAAAUAAAAACUCUAUCAGUUGAUGUUAUUAAAGCAAGUGUUUUGAGCUCACUGAAAUAUGUGUGCUGUAAAACUAUCAAAAUUAUUAUGACUUGCAAGAAAUCCUCUAAAAUAAUCUGAGAUGUGACGAUAAACUCAUUGAAGUUUUGGACCUGCGGGUGUCAUCAUGUCCGUCACGAGCAAGCCGCCGCCGCUGCCCCCUGCAGAAGAGGAGGAGGUUUUCUUCAAGACUUACAUCCCACCUGCUCGAGACGCCAUUCAUCUGCCCAUUCACGUCUUCUACAUCAUCCUCGCUUCCAUCGUCAUAGUGAUGACGCUCUACGCCAUCAUCGGCCACCUCAUGAAGGACCUGUUGCACGACCUGGCAGACUGUCUGUUCGGGCCGCAGCCGGAGGAGAAGGAGAUCAACAUGUGCGAGAACAAAGACAAGUUCAUGGUGGACUGGUGUCCGGAGACCAGCCCGGAGCUGGAGGAGAUGGCCCGCGCCGAGGAGAUCAAAGUGGUGAUGGAGGGCGGCAGAAUCACCCCGGCCAUCUGGAUCAUCUCUGACGGGACGGAGGGCAGAGCGCCGCGCACCGGCCCGCGGGUGGCAUUCGGCAAGAACGUGUAGAGCUUCGACAGGGCAGCGAUUAAUUCGAGUAUAUUCCAAUAUAUUUGACUCAUGGGUUGUUCGGGUUUACGGUGACUGUGUGACGCCUGCUGGUCUCUGUCAGUAAUGCAACUUCCCAGGAUCAGUUGAACAGUGGUUUUCAUGGAUCCUGGUCCUGGAGACCCACACAUCUGUCUCACCAUUCUCUCUCCUAACCAGCUGUAUCAGGUGUUUUAAAACAGAAACCUCGAUCUGCUCUCUGACUCUCAGAAUCCAGAACAAGAAAUUACAGAUUCAAAAAAUAAAUGAUUAAAACAUAUAUACAUUUGAUUUAAAUCUUUUAUUCAAAUCAAUGUUUAAAAGCAUUCAUACCACAGUUUAACUCCCCAUGUCAACAUUAGACAAAGAGUGAGAGAUUAUUGUGUUCGUUUGUGCUUCACAUCGAUAAUGAAGACAGAACUGAAUUAAGAAUGCCUGACCAAAAGUAUAAAGUAUACCAAACAGAAUACAGGAUUGUAAUUCAAGGUUGAAUUUAAGGAAGAAGAAAUAAAACAGAGUGAAAUUCAACAAGA